AUGAGGACGAUCUACCGGCAUGUGGUACUCGAGUUUGGCGAGUUCCCCUGGAUGGUGGCCAUCCUGCUGAAGCCAGAGCCCACAUAUAUUGGCGGUGGUUCGCUGCUGGCGCCAAACAUUGUGCUCACCGCGGCCCACAAGGUCGACAGCCUGGCUGGGGAUCGGCUGCUGAUUCCUGCUGGCGAAUGGGACCUGGCAACCAAUGAGGAAAUCUAUCCGCACAUCGAUCGCAAUGUCAGCGAAAUACUCAUCCAUGACAACUACUCCAAGGCAGCCAAUGCCAACAAUAUAGCGCUGCUUGUGCUCGAGCUGAGCCUCAGCCACAAUCCGCACAUCUCGCCCAUCUGCCUGCCCACUGCCCCCGCCAGCGUCGAUGUCCAUAUCGAUCAUGCCAACUGCAUUGCAAUGGGCUGGGGCCGAAGAUCCAGGGCGUACAGGCAGCCUGUGAACGUUCUCAAGGAGCUGACCAUACCCCUUGCUCCCCUCCAUGAGAGCUACCUGUACGUGGGCGGCAAGAAUGAUAUCAAUGCCUGCGUCGGCGACGGCGGAGCUCCCCUCGUCUGUCCCACUGUGGCACAGCCCAAUCGAUACUAUCAGAUUGGCAUUGUUGCCUGGGGCCUUGAUUGCAACUUGGGCCGAGUGCCCGCUGUCUAUAGCAACGUCUCAUAUCUGAUGCCCUGGCUGAGCCAACAGCUCAACAGGCUACGCAUAGACCCAAAUAUUAUACUCUAUAAUCGAUAA